GCGAGCUGUCAAAUGCUUGUUGCUUGUGUCAAAUCUGUGCUACAAAGUAACGAAGAGAAAUCAAGCACCUGGUUGUUUUCCUGUUAAAGUGUCUAUAGCUAGGUAAUACGACAAUAAUUAAGUGGACCAUUGAACAGCACCGUGUCCUCUUUACUUCACGUGAUAACGAGAUCACCAACAGAAAGUGCUUUUCAAAAAACAUCUCCAACUUCAACCUGCUCUCUGGUCUAAAUGUGCAUGGGAAGCCAACCCUCCCUUCUAGGCCAGGCCUGAGCAGUGCCGGGAUACUUCAGCCGCCUCCAAUUUAUUUCUGAACAACUCCAGUGGCUAAGGUAUCCCAAGGGGAAAGAUUUACUGGAGGGGAGAACUACCAAAGCACAAAUUGUGAGAAGUUGGCAAAGUCAAUACCAGGCAAGUCUUCAUGAAUAUUCUUUCAAGGAGCGCCAUUGCCUCGACAUACCAUUAAUGAGAGAGUCCUUGUCAGUGGAGGAGGAUAGACACAUCGUUGUGUCACAGAGCAAGCCCUCAACCCUUCCAGAGGUAUCCCAUUAGUGCAAACUGAUUGAUGAGUGAUUGCUCGUUGAUCGAUUAGCCUUCCUCCCAGCUGAUGCAGUGAGGCCAGUCUGGUUGCUUCAUAUGAUUUGUAAACUUUUCAAGCACUAAUCAGACAGAGACAAAAGUUGUGAACUUUUUUUUAAUGUGUUGCCGUUUUUUUAGUUAAGAGUCAACUCAACUGAUACAUUGGACUGGCAGCGUUCGAUUGGAACCUCUUGACAUGGCUCUCAAUAUAUCUUCAGUAAGGGACACAAAAUGGCUGACGUUGGAAGUGUGUCGGCAGUUUCAGAGAGGAACUUGCUCACGGAGUGAUGAGGAAUGCAAAUUUGCACACCCACCAACGAGCUGCCAGGUUGAAAAUGGAAGAGUUAUUGCCUGCUUCGACUCGUUAAAGGGUCGUUGUUCAAGAGAAAACUGUAAGUACCUUCAUCCACCUUCUCAUUUAAAAACCCAGCUAGAGAUUAACGGACGCAACAACCUCAUCCAGCAGAAGACGGCAGCAGCCAUGCUGGCCCAGCAGAUGCACUUCAUGAUCCCAGGCACGAGCAUGCAGCCUGUACCUGCGUUCAAUGUCACCCAGGGGCUUGGUACGAGCCCAGGUCUCAGCUACUCUCCUUACCUUACACCCAUGACCUCCAUGAGCCAUGGGAUGAGCCUGAUACCCACGGAGCUGCUCCCCAACACCCCAGUCAUGGUCCCUGGAAGCCCCCCAGUCACACUCCAGAGCUCAAACUCAUCCUCCUCUUCCCCCUCACAGAAGCUAUUGCGCAUCGACAAACUGGAGGUGUGUCGUGAGUUCCAGCGGGGGACCUGUGCGCGAGGCGAGACGGACUGCCGCUUCGCCCACCCCAGCGACAGCCCCAUGAUCGACACCAGUGACAACACGGUCACCGUCUGCAUGGACUACAUCAAGUCGCGCUGCUCCAGGGAGAAGUGCAAGUACUUCCACCCCCCUGCACACUUACAGGCCAAAAUCAAAUCCUCUCAACACCAGGUCAACCAUACGGCUGUGGCAGCCCAGGCAGCAGCUGCAGCCAUGACUCAGUCGACUGCCAAAGCAAUGAAGCGAACCUUCGAGGCAACUGUAGACCUGCAGGCAUUCCCUUAUGGCUGCCUGCAGCCCCUACCAAAGAGACCAGCACUGGAGAAGAACCACGGGGCCAGCUCCUUCUUCAACCCCAGUAUGUUGCACUACCAGCAGGCUCUGGCCAAUGCACAGCUCCAGCAGACAGCUGCGUUCUAUCCCACAGAUCAUCCUCAAGUAACUAACAGGAAAGGAACAGAGUGUCAAGACGCUGCCCUUAGAGGUCCCAAACAGCCCGUCUGUAAAUACUACAUUUGCUCCACAAGAGAACUACAGCAACCUGCAUGCUGAGAAGAAGAUUAGAGGCAAUGUAUAACAUUGAGCUAUGGUAAAAUAUAUAUAUAUAUAUAUAUAUAUACAGAUGAUAUACCAGUGUUGCUAGGACUACUACCAUUACUGAUAUGUAAAUGUAUGAUUUUAUUAUAUGUAUACACACAUGAUUGGGGAUUCUGAAAAUGUAAUUGUAAAGGUAUUCAACAAUUACUUUUAUGACCUUUUUAAUGUUUUGCUAAAACUACACAACUCACCCAAAUCAAACUUUUUUUUUUUUUUGCAGAAUUGAUUGUGCAUCUUAAGUGUUUGAUUCCUUUUAUUUAAAACAGACCAUUGAAAAGCUCUCUUGUUUUUACCCCAUAUACAAAUGUACACUUGGCCUGUGCAUCAGGCUGGAAGGAGUGCUCUUCUUGUUCUUGUAAAGGAUGAAUGUGACGGAGGAUGGAUGGAUAGUCUGUUGUUGUUUAUCCGAUGGUUGUUCUCUGAGUAUAGGAUCACUGCUCCCCCUCCCGGUGUGCCUUGGUCACUUUAUGAUGAAGGAAUAAGACAUGAUAAUAGCAGAACAUUUCAUUCUUCUACCUUAUGGUGGCCAAAUGGCAGUGAUAUAAUCAGCCACUAAUUCCAGAAUUGAUAAUGAAUCUAGCGAUCACUUGUGCCAAGUGUCUGUUUGCGUUGCACUGUUUGCGUUAUGUCUAUUGGGCCUUGAGUAUUUUAGCAUUCAUCCAAGAAAUACCAGAUGUGCCAAUGACCUAGCAGAGUGAUUGGUGGGCUGAAAAUAAGCCACCUUAGAGGAUUUGAAAGUCUGAGUAAGAGUUUGGUGAGCUAUUAAACAUUUUAAAGGGUUAGGUGGUUAUACUCCGAGGCCACAGACAUUAAAGAGGGAACAGAAUGAUAAGACUUCAAAAGAAAGGUAAAGUACAUGUGGUGAUCUUUGUUAAAAAGGCUGACUUACACAUGACGGGAGGUCACUUGUUAAUCCGCUCUUAUUUUAACUGUAGAAGUGCCUAAAGUGAUGUGUAUAUAACAUGCAUCUUCAAAAAGGCUGUGUGAAAAAAAAAAAUUCAAAAUUAAAUAGAAAUUUCUCAAAACACUCCACACUCUCACAAUAAUCACUUCUGGAAGAAAAUGAACACCUGUUUUGUGUGAUGUGAAUUUAGUGCAUUGGUACUCUUUGUACAGCGGGUUAGUUUUUACUGCUUUAACUUUUCAUUGAUCAUUGACUUUUUAUUUUUUUUAAAUUUUUUAAAUGUCAAUAUCUGACAGAUCUGAACAUGACUGCUUUGGCAUGAUGUUCAGUGACGGUUCAUUAUGUAACAUGGUUUAGCUUCAUUCUUAAUGAGUUGAACGUUUUUUUUGCGACUAAAAAAAAGUGAUUGGAGGUUAGAAAACCCGGAUAUGUAUCGUAAUUCUAUGUUGCUAACUCAUUCUUCUCUUUAUACAGCUGUCUUUAUCAUAUCCUCACGUUUACUGCAUUGAUAUCAUAGUCUAACAUCUUUCAAGUAGAAUGUAUCACAAUACAUGUUUUAGUGGUAGGACGUGGUCACAUUACAAAUGUAAUGAAACUCGUAUAACUCUACAUAUGUUAUUGUCAAAGCUUCAUUGUAUUUACAAACUGGUCUAUAAAACUAGCACUUACAAACAGAAGACAGAUUUAUCCACCAGUGCAAAGUCUAUACAUGUUAUUUGCAGUAGGGUAUAAAAGACUAAUGAAGCCAGUUAUUUACAGAAGGAUAUAAAAGAUGAAAAUAAAGUAAAAAAUAUUGAACUAUUUACAAUUUAUCUACACGUACCAUUAUUUUACCUUUUUGCUCAAACUUGUAUGUUUUUUGCUCAAACUUGUAUGUUUUUUGCUCAAACUUGUAUGAAAUAACAGUUAAAAAAUUCACACAGGUGCAAACUCGAAAUGUUACCCAGUCUUUCAUUCUCCCCUUUUCAUUUUGUGUGUGAGUGAAAUCUGUCAGUAAAAAUGUAAAAAAAAAAAAAAAUCUCAACAGUAUCAAGGAGAUUUUUUCCAUAAUGUUUGAUCAAUUCAGACAAUCAACAGUGAGACUCCUUCACUCAUGUCCUCACCAUCUUUGUCUUUUUCCAUCACUUUUUUUAUUUAACAUUUUCAGAAAAGUUCAUUUUUAUGUAACGUUUGAUGGAAAUAAAUGGAAUAUACUUAGUUUUUAUUUGUUUAACAUUAGUUAUUGAACAAUGUUGUAUUCUAUUUUAAAAUGAAUGUAAUUUAUUAAGCUGAGCUUUGCUCUGCUGGUGGUUCCUCAAAGGACCUGUCCUGUCACGUUAGCCUAUGAAAAACCAUCUGUGAUCAGGAAUGUAAUGUUGGAGCUACCAAUGGUAAGCUUCCACAUCUCGUCCUUGUCACUGCCUUGUCACUUAUACAGGACAACACACUGCAGUACGAGCAAGGUUGUAGAAUUGCUUUUAUUAUGUAGAAAAACUGUUUAUUGUAUAGGUCACAGUCUACCAAAAAAAUAAACAUUUAAGUUAAUGUACUUUUCAUUGUAGUACAGUAUAAUUUCAUAACUAUAUUAAUUUUUCUCCUAGUUGCAAUUACGGAAGCUCUGUAUUUUUGGAAAUUAUGUAAUUGUUACGCUUUUCUAGAGCACUGCAACACACUAGAUUGUAUUGCCGGAAUCUGAACAUUUCCUAUGUUAUGGCAAAAACAAUAUUUUCAGUAUCAUGUUGCCUUGGUAUAACAAAAUAUUCAUUUUGCAUUUGACAGCCAACCCAUGGCAUUUACAUACAUACCCAUUAAUACAUGCUCUAAUCUUUCUAUUCCACCAGAUAAAAAGUGUCCCUGGACUCAUACAGACAAGGGGAAAACAAAAGUGCUUUGAGUUAAACAUAUAGUCUUGGGUAUGGCUAAUGUGGCAGUGAUUCUCCUAAAUUAUGUCAAAUGUUGACUUAAGGCGUCUUUCACAAGAAACAAUGUUUCUAUGGAAAUGUUUAUUUCAGUGUUUUAAUUUCAACUUGAUUUUUGCUAAAUGUUUUGAAUGUUGUUAUAGCUAGUUAAAUCUGCACCUGAAAGUCAGUCGAGAUUUUUAGAUCACCCAAUCAAAAGAGUUGGACAGUCAGAUUGUGUUCACUUUUACUGACCCAAUAGUAACAGGAUUCCUUAGCACUUUGUGAACAGUUGGUAAACAGAUCUGAGCAGACUAGCUUAUUAGUGAUCUUUGCCUUGCCUUUUGAUGUAUUGUUCUUUAAGUUGUUAUGUGUUAGGACUCAUGAAAUAUAAGGAUUGUAAUUAGUCUAUUGCAAUUUGUGAAAUAUGCUGUUUUAAUUCUCACUACAGUACAUUUUCAUUUUGAGGUCAAAAUGGUAGAUUGUAAAGAGUGCAGUUAAAUAUUUCACUGAGAAAAGCUUGAUGAUGAGAAAACUGACAGGUGCCAUUCUAAAUGGUGCUGCUACAGUUACUGCAGGGUUAUGUUUAAACUGCUGUGCUGGUUCACAUAUGGUUCCAUCUGUAGUGCCGUACUCUAGAACAGAGGGGACAAACCCUUACUAAUUUUGAAUCUGUUCAUGUGGCAAUUUUAAAUGUUUUAUUUGUGCUCAUUUAUGUUAUAUACGGUAGUUUUGGUAAAUGCAAAAUUGUGUAAAAUCUAAUGUUAAAAAAUAAAUAAAAGUUUAAGUAAAA